UUGGGAAUGCAAACAUCUAAUGCCAAUGUAUAUAUAAAUUGUUGUGAAAGGUGAAUUCUCCCAUCCUGCUGCCUUCAUAUUUCUUCUUUUGAUGGGUCAUUAGAAGGUUCAGCUCUUUAGUUUCAUAGCACAUCUUCUACCACUUGACUUAAGAGUAGCCUGCCAGCUACUGAGCAGCCUGCCAGAUUGGCAGAGGGUUAGAGGCAAGGGAAAUAAAGAACUGAGGGGGAGUGGAAAUGUUUGCAUUUUGCACGUAUUAAUAAAUUGCAUAGGUAAUUUUAGGUUCAUAAGUAGCAGAUAUAAAUUCUCUGGAGAAGUGUGGUCUAAGGUUCACCUCCUGAAUCUCUUGCCUCUCUUCUGCUUAGUCCUCUUUACACCCUCUUCAUCUGCUUUUCCAGUCUCAUAAGCCUUGACUGACUUCUGCAUCCUCAAACUACCUCCUCCUCAGUUACUUCGUUAGUAACAGUGAUGAUGCUCCAUUAGCAUCCACCUCCCCUGGUUUUGCACUACCUUCCCUAUGUAUCUCUUACCCUUCUUUUCUCUCACUUUCUUUGACUGUCUCUCUGCCCUGCUUCCCUCCACCAUUUAGGUCUUGAUUUUAAUGUUUUUGUCCUCAAGACUCGUGUUUUCUUCAUCCAUCUUGCAUCAUCAGAGAAUACAGUUUCACUUUCCAUCUGAGGAUGCUUUUUUCUCCUCCCCCCACUGUUCACAGGAAGCCUCCCAGCUCCUGGCCACAGCCACUAUCAGCAGCUCAGAGCAGGCAUAACAGGGUUCGUCCUGCUCAGAUACUGCUCCAACAGCAACUGGUGCAAAACUAACUGCACGUAUAAUCUGUGGGAAGGAGCUCUGGGAGACAGCUAAGAGACAGUGACAAUGUCUUUAAACAGGCGGACAAUUCCUACUCAACUUGGAGUUUUUAAAGUGAACUGCAAAGGACUCGCAUGCCUCUUGGUCUUCACAGUAAGCAUUUGUGGCAGUGCCCCAGGGAUGUGUCCAACAGCCUGCAUCUGUGCCAGUGAUAUCAUAAGCUGCACCAAUAAGAACCUCAGUCGAGUGCCAGGAAAUCUUUAUAAAUGUAUAAAAAGGCUGGAUCUGAGUUAUAACAGAAUUGGGCUUUUGGAGCCUGAAUGGGUCCCAGUGUUAUUUGAGAAACUGAACACUUUAAUAGUCAAUCAUAAUAGCAUUAGCAGCAUUGUCACUGGAAGCUUUUCUACAACUCCAAAUCUGAAGUACCUAGACUUGUCAUCCAACAGCCUGAAGACACUGGGCAGCCCUGUGUUUCAGGAGCUAAAGGCACUGGAGGUUCUCCUGCUGUACAACAAUCAGAUAACACAGAUUGACUCUUUAGCGUUUGGAGGAUUGUACAAUUUACAGAAACUAUACUUAAGCUACAACUUGCUCUCAAAUUUCCCACUGGACUUAUAUGUUGGAAAACAUAAACUGACAGACCUUGUAUUGCUGGAUGUUUCCUUUAAUCACAUCCGGUUGAUGCCUAUUCAGCGCUUGAGUUCAGUGCCAGCUAAACAACUUAGUGGAAUUUAUCUUCACGGCAACCCAUUUUAUUGUGACUGUGUCCUGUACUCCAUGCUAAUCUUCUGGUAUCAAAGGCAGUUCAGCUCAGUGGUGGACUUCAAAAAUGAGUACAGCUGUUUGUUGCAAUCAGACCCAGGAGGUCACAAUAAACUGCCUUUGCUGCUCGACAACUUUCUGAAUUGCUCUGAAAGCACUGUCAACAGCUCUUUCCAAGCCUUUGGGUUUAUUCAUGAUGCCCAAGUUGGUGACAGGCUGAUUGUACACUGUGACAGCAGAAUCAGUGAUGUGGGCACACACUUUGUUUGGAUUAGUCCAGACAAUAGAUUGCUGGAGCCAGACAGGGAGACCAAUAACUUUAAGGUGUUUCCUAACGGCAGCCUGGAGAUAACAGAUGCCCAGCUAGAGAACUCAGGGCUGUAUUCCUGCAUCGCAAUAAAUAAGAAAAGAUUAUUAAAUGAAACCGUAGAGGUUAGAAUAAAUGUUAGCAAUUUCACAAUGAACAGGUCCCAUGCUCAUGAAGCAUUUAAUACAGCUUUUACCACCCUUGCUGCCUGUGUGGCCAGUAUUAUUUUAGUAUUGCUGUAUCUCUAUCUGACUCCCUGCCCAUGUCAAUGUAAGGCGAAAAAGAAGAAGAGGAAGCUGAACCAAAGCAGUGCCCACUCUUCCAUACUGAAUUCUACAAUACCGCAAGAGCUGAAUUCUACAAUGCCAGCAGACGAGAAGAAGGCUAGCACUGGUAAACGGGUAGCUUUUCUGGAACCUGUGCAUGAACCAAAACACAGUCAGAAUGGGAAAGUAAAACUGUUUCCUAAUGACAGCAUCAUUACUGAGAGUAUCUUAAAAACUACUCGAACAAAAUCCGACUCUGAUUCUGUCAACUCUGUGUUCUCAGAUACACCUUUCAUGCCACCAACUUAGUUUGCUGCCUGUGUUUGUAUUGUGCAGUUACUUUUCUGAAUACCUCCUCUGCUUGUAGCAACCAUCAGGAAAAACAAAUAAAAAGAGAGAAAAUGUUUUAAAAAA